GGGAGAAACGAAGUAUCCACACAACAUGUAUAUUGCAUGUAACAGUAAUAAAACCAGUUACUCUGUAUAACAUUGUGUGAUCCAAUCGUAUAACACAAACAUUUAAAACUUGAUGUGUGUGUAUCGUUUUCAAGCACUAAAACAUUCGUUGUGACGGUUUAUACUCCUGCUCUCUGCUGCUAUUUUCAUCUUCUUCUUGUACACAUAGAAUCCGAUUCACCAACACACAAAUCUAAUACGACCCCCCAUUUAUGUUAUAAAAUAUAUAUACAUGCAUAUAUAGUUUAUACACAUAUACAAAAGUGACUGGGGAGAAGUGAAGAAGUUUGGGCCUCGUUUCUCGUUAUAGAAAACACUGUUUGUUUUUUCAAUCAGUAUUUGAUUGCGAAGCGUCCUGUCAACAAGCGCUUGAGAGAGUUGUUUUUAGUUUUAGAAAGGACACAAUAUAUGAGAACUAACCCACUAUAUAAUAGUAGUGUUUUGUUUGUUUGUUAACAACGCUUUUGCUGCUCUUGUGUGUGUAUAAUAAAUAUGGUGUUCUCAUUUGCUCUAUUUGUUUGAGUUUCGUUGUCUUUGAAUAUCAGAUUAAUCCCAUACUCUUUAACUGUUAUUAUAAUAAAACGAUUAGCCUUUCUUUGCAUGGACAAAUAACAAACAUAUGUAUUUAUGUACUUACGACCAAGAGGCGAGUAAUGUUUUAUUGUGGAACUGUGGAAUGGACAUCAAAACAGAUAAAGUGAAUUAAUUAAAUAUCAUCGAAAAGUGUAUACAACUUCGACUACUUCUUCUUCGUUCGUUUUCUUCUUACAUAUGUGGGUUAAUUCGACAACGAUAUGAAACAGUGAUUUUAAUUUUUAUUUAAAUUUAUUUUUGUGAAGUGAUUUUUUUAUUUUAAUUUUGAAUAUAUUUUUAAAAUUAUCAGUGCAGCAACAACAACAAAAGUUCAUUAAACUUGAAUAUCAUAAAAAAUGUGUAAUUAAAACAAUAAAAAGAAUUUAUGACGAAAAAUUAUCCACCAAUUGAUUUUAAAAUGUUAUCAACAUCGCAAAAAUUGUACACUGAUUCAGCAAUAUCAGCGGCCAUGUCUGCGAGUACAGCAGCAGCGACGGCAAAUUCAGCAAUGUCACCAAUGACACCAACAUAUUCAAUGAAUUCAAUGUCAUGUGUUUCAAUGACCACCAUGAAUUCAUGUUCACCACAAUCGGCUGGUACAUUUGGUACAAAUAUGUUAUCGAGUACUGGUAUGUCAUCAAUGGGUACAAUGUCUGCCGCAGCAGCAAUGAAUGGUAAUUGUAUGUCUGGUACAAAUUUAGGAUAUUCUGGAAUUGGUUCGCCAAUGUCAAAUAUGAAUGCUGCAUGUAUGGGUACAACGAUGAGUAGCAUGAAUUCUUAUAAUAGUGCAUUAACGCCAGUUAGUGGUGGUAUGACAUCGGGACGUGGUGAUUUAAGUGGUGGUGACACAUCACCUAAUACAGCGUUACAAAGGGCACGAGCUGAUAAAACUUAUCGACGUAGUUAUACACAUGCUAAACCACCAUACUCGUAUAUAUCAUUAAUUACGAUGGCAAUACAAAAUGCACCAAGUAAAAUGCUAACGUUAUCCGAAAUUUAUCAAUUUAUCAUGGACUUAUUUCCAUUCUAUCGUCAAAAUCAACAACGUUGGCAAAAUUCUAUACGACACUCAUUAUCGUUUAAUGAUUGUUUUGUUAAAGUGCCACGUACACCAGAUAAGCCAGGUAAAGGAUCAUUUUGGACAUUACACCCAGAUUCGGGUAAUAUGUUUGAGAAUGGCUGUUAUUUACGACGACAAAAACGAUUUAAAGAUGAGAAGAAAGAAGUAAUACGUUCAUCACAUAAAUCACCAACUCAUCAUGGUUUAGAUUCCAGUAGUAAUUCUGGUAAGAAAACACCACUAGGUCAUCAUGAUGAUGUAGUUGGACAUCAUAAAAGUAGUCAUCAUUUAUCACAGCAUGAUAAAGGUUCACCUGAUGCACAUCAAUUAUCAUCGAUGUUAGCAAUACAUGCAACAAAAUUGGAAAGUGAUUCAAUGUCGUUAUUACAUCAUGGCACCGAUUUAAGUUCGUUACAUCAGCAAAAUCAUCAACAAAGUCAUCAUACCCAAAGUCAUCAUUCACAAAAUUUACAACAUGAAGAUAUUGCUGCAAUGGUAGGUAGAUGCCAUCCAGCGCAUUUAGCAUCCCUAACCGAACAUCAAUUAAUGCAUCACAGUUCGAUGCACCAUUUAAAACAAGAACCAACUGGAUAUACACCAUCAAAUCAUCCGUUUUCGAUAAAUAGACUGUUACCAACGGAAAGUAAAAAUGAUGUAAAAAUGUAUGAAAUGUCACAAUAUGCUGGCUAUAAUACACUAAGUCCAUUACCGAAUUCUGUACAUUCAGCACAUUCAGCAUUAGGAAACGAUUCAUAUUACCAAAGUUCUUUGUACCAUGCUACACCAGCGGGUACUACCAGUUUGUGACAGUACCCUUUGGCCUAAUGGGGGGAUACAAACGUCGGUACAACAAAUCAUCGACGUUCUAACACUGCAUAUGCCACAAAUAAUCGACGUUGUUAUCAAAAUAAUAAUUUGUAAAUAUAUUUUUAAUAUAUGGGCCGGAUUUUUUGUUUUUUUCU